GAAAAAAAAGCUUUUCUUAAACCAUUUAUAUAUCAAUGCAGUCCUUAAAACAGUGUUAGAUAAAUAUAAUUUCAAAGCAGGAGUAUUUUACUUGAUAACGUGGGAUAUUUCACAAGAGAGGAUGGUUCCAAUAUAAACAGGGAGGAAGUGUUGCUUAAUUAAUACAUUAUGGACCUUGAUAUCAUAAAUUUUCUAUUUAUCUUCAGCCGGUUACUUCUCAAUUCUCAACAAUAUGAAAAUCUUGCCAGGGGAAAAAUUGUGACGGUCAGUAGUAGAUACAAUGAUGGAUACUUUUCACCAAGUAAAGCUGUGGACGGGGACAAGAGUACAUACCUACUGGACUGUGCACUGACAGCUUCCGGUCAGAAGGAGGCGUGGUUAACAGUGGACUUAGGAGAGAAGAAAAAUAUUGCAUCAAUAUCAAUCUUACAUGGGGGUUUGGGUCACAAUGCCAUCUCAAUAAGAUCUGCUGACUCUGGUCUCUUUCCGGAUUCAAAAAGAAACGGAACAGUGUUUGCUGCCAGUCCAUUAAGAAGGGUUUGUUCAAAUAGCUUUGAUGAAAAUGAUGCACAGGUCGUUUGCUUGGCUUGGGGAUUUUUACCAGAUAAUCCAUCUUAUAACGUAGCUGAAGAUAAUUCAUCGACUGCAUUUUAUGAGAAUGUCUUGAACUGUACAGGCAAUGAAGUUAACAUAAAUACAUGUCCAAAAGGACCAUCUGGCUGUCCAUCAGGAUCUCAUGUAGCUGUAAAAUGUCAAAGUAAGCUUGGUAGAAUUAACCCAG